AUGGAGACCUCUUCCUCUUCUUCCUCUUCUUUUCCGUUGACAUCUCCCACUUUGACGGCUUUAGGGUACGCCUCCCGGUUGUCGGAGCACCCAGACCGAGGCCCCGUCGGCCGGCCAGAGCUGGAGGAGCGCGACGAAGAUGUCCUGGAAGAGAAGUUGAUGCGUCUUUCUCUCCUUUUCCGUGAGGAGGCGGCGGGUCUCGCGUCGGGAUUUCCCCAGGCGCUCCCCGUGCUUCGCUCGUCGGCUUCUUCUGCUGCGAGUCCGAGGGAGAGGGUGGAACAGCCAGACUCGACAGGCGAAAAAGAAGGCUCGCCGCCGGGAGAGAAGAGCAACGGAAUCGGAGCACAUCCCGCGAAGCAGGAACGGGAAAAAGAGAGAAAGCCGUCGCAGAAUGCCAGUAAAUCGCGACAAGCAAAAGACCGCGGUGGAGGCGUUUGUGUCCACACAGGUGCUGGCAUCUCCACCAGCGCGGGAAUCCUCGAUUUUCGAGGACCAUCGGGUGUCUGGACUCUCGAGGCGAAGGGCGAGACCCUAGCUGACGAGGCCAAGGACGCCGUCGAGGAUGUGUCUUGCCCGCCCUUGGUGCGCUACAUCAUCACUCAGAAUGUCGACGGUUUGCAUGCGCGCUGCGGCACACCUUUUUCGCGACUCGGCGAAGUUCACGGGAGCAUGUUCACGGAAAGAUGCGACGCUUGCGCGAGACGCUUCCUCCGAGACUUUCCGCUUCCCACGCUCAGCUUCGCGCCAACCGGCCGCCUCUGCGACGUCUUGCUCGACUGGCGCGACCGAUAUGAGAAAGUGUUUGAGAGACUUGCUCUGCGAAACACACGCGCUGCGUCUCUACAUCUGUGCCUCGGGUCUUCUCUCCAAAUCGAACCGGCAUGUCACUUUCCGGGCAGAGAACGGAAGAGGGGAAGCCCCCUGAUCAUCGCAAAUUUGCAGGAGACGCCUCUCGACAAACAAGCCGCGAUCUGUCUACGGUUCACCACAGACGGCGUAGCUGCUCGUCUCGGAACUGCCUUGGGGGCGCUAUCUUUGGAAGAAACAGAAACGCGACAAGACGAGGGGACAGAAAAGAACGAGAGAGACAAGCAGAAAGGGGAAGAGAAAAACGAGGGAGAGGAACAGAGAGGAAAACGAAUCAGGCGACAGCGCGUCUUCUGGGGGUGGGGAAAAGAAGGCGGUCGCUGGGGGCGUUUCCUUCGCGGGGCCAUCGACGAGGCCGAAGAGCUCGACGAGGAUGCAAAGAGCAGGAAAAAAGGACGAUGGGGCGAGAAGAAAGACGAGAAGAAGGACGAGAAGGACAAAGACUCAGGUAAACAGGGAGAGACGACAGAUGCCGGGGUGGUUUCUGCGCCUUUCAUUCGCACGUCUCUCCUCUUUGUGGCAUGCCUGCCUCUCCACGCCCUCCCUGCUUUUUCGCCGCCCUGCCUUCCGCCGACAGGCGCUGGAGCGCCGGGGAAGCUCCGGAAGAAAGCGCCUCAGAAAGAGGCGACGCGUGAGGCCCCGAACCCACGGAAGAAAGGAACGCAAAUGCGGAGUGCGCCUGCAGACGCAGAGCAGUGUGAGCGUGGGGCAGCCGCCGAGGCGAAACAGACGAGAAAUGCGAGGCGAGAAGAGACAGGCGAGGCCAGGCUGUCUGAAGCCAGUGCCGCGAGAAAAGAGACGGAACUGCGAGGAGAUGAAGACUGCUUUGAGGCAUGGCUAGAAGACUUCUAUCCUAAAGACUCAGACGCCCACACAACCCGUCAGCAACCUUCCACUGCGCCUCUCCCGUCCUCCGGUCCUGUGGGGGCUUCUCGUCACGGCCAGCGCUGUCUCCUUCGAAUUGCAUGCUGCCUCAAGAUCGAGGAGGUUCCCCGCCACGAUGGAGAGGCAACACGUGGGGGCGAAGCAAGAAACACAAAGAGAGAAGAAAGCACAAUGGAAACAGAGUCGAGCAGAGCGAGAACUGGAGACCGGGGCAGUGCGGCAUCUCGGAGCGCACAGAUCUCCCACGUCGAUGCGCUGCGAGGGCUGUGGGUCGUGGAUAUCUUUAGAGACACGCGCCUUCGUCUCUUCCUCUGGUACGGUACUACUGCGGAGCUCGUCCUCUUCUAUUCUCCUGCGCAGCGAGGCCUCGAGAUCGACGUGUGGCAGUACCAGCUUGCGUGCACGCCGGGCACCUCCCCCGCCUCGCUGCCGGCUUCUCUCGCAGUUCCGCGUCUUCCACGCGCCUGUUCUUCUCGCCUCCGAGAAGACCACGAAGAGCGCCCGGCGGCGCAGACGGACGGCGGCGAGGAAGAGAGCGCUGCGCGCCAAACAACAACGGCCAGGAAACGGCCCAGAUGCUUGCAGGUCGGCGCGAACGGGGAACCUGCGCACGCCUCCGUCUCGAGUCUAGCCCCCGCCCUUUCCGGAUCAGGAUCCCCGCCACGAGUUUUACCUUCUGAGACGCCUCCGUCAUUCCACGGAGGAGAAGUGCCAGGAGCUGUCCAGGCAGGCCGAGGGGUGGUCUCCUGGAUGCCUUCCUCGUCUCUAUGCAUGCGCGCGCCGUUUGCGCCGACCGAGUUACCACACCUGAAGAAAGAUCGCUCUUCGUGGAGACGAACGCGCCUCGUUGCCUGUCUCGGCAUGGCGGAUAACGAGACACCGUGUGGCCCGAAGGUGGCUGCGAACUCCCUGGGGGAGGCUUUGAGGACCACGACCCAGAUAAACUCGCGGUGUUCGGCGCAUCACGGUUCUUCUUCGUUUUCUUCGCCCUCGGGUGAAGGAUCUGCCGCCCGCGAGGUUGCGUUGCCUGACGCCUUCACUUCUCUCUUUCGGCUGCAUGCUCUCGCAUCGCUUCCAGCCACGCGGCAGGAACUCGUCGAGACACUUCGACAAUUCACACUUCGACAAUUCAAACGACAGAAAGAGCCACAACUCUCUUCUUCUUCUUCUUCUUCUUCUUCUUCUUCUUCUUCUUCUUCUUCUUCUUCUUCUUCUUCUUCUUCUUCUUCUUCUUCUUCUUCUUCUUCUUCUUCUUCUUCUUCUUCUUCUUCUUCUUCUUCUUCUUCUUCUUCUUCUUCUUCUUCUUCUUCUUCUUCUUCUUCUUCUUCUUCUUCUUCUUCUUCUUCUUCUCUCUCUUUUGCUUCUUCGUCUUAUCGUCUUCGUACCCGCCCUGCGGGCACGGCGCCCCCGUUGCCGGUGAAGCGGCCGCGGUCGAGUCAAAACGCAGCGUCUGUUCCAGUCUUUUCCUCUUCUCAUCUUCCUCUGCUUCUGCCUGUGGGCCCCGCCGCCACGGAGGGAGCGAAGCAAACCGGAAGUUUCCUUCUCCCUUUGGUGCCGUGCACCGUCCGCGACGAAAUUCGCCCGUGUCUAUGUCGCUCCCCUCGUGACUCCGUCCACGGUCGCAAAGAAGAACUGGAAGGGAAUGCUGCAGGCGACGACACGCAAGACGCCCAGGUCUCGCUUCUGGAAAGCAGAGAAUGCCAAGAAGAAAACGGAGAGGAAGACAGAGAAAACGGAGUCCAGAAACCCACGCAAAAACAAAGGGAGGGAAAGGGGACAAACCCGCCGGACACGGACGGCCACGACCUUUUUCGGCCCGUUUUCCUCCUCUGCGAAGAUUUCGAACUGGGGGAGCUCGUCGACCUCUCUGUUGAAACGGAGACGAGGAAAGCCCUGACGGCGACUCGGCAAUGGCGCACGUCCUACGCGUUGUCUCCUCUCGAUCUUUCGCCCGCUUCGUCUCCUCUUUCCGCGUCUUCCUCCGGGCCUGACGCCUCGACAGCUCUCGCCUCGAGAGUUCGUUCGGAGGAGAUAUCUGGUGAGAACUGGGCAAGGAGUCGAGAAGGGAGAGAGAAGACAGGAGAGGAUGGCGGACUCGCGACGGCAUCCAGAUCGGGCUCAAAAGAAGCAAAGGAAGGGAAGAGGUCUCAAGCUGCGUCUUUUGCGCAAGCAGAAGCGACAAAUCAGAAACUGCUCCAGACCUCGUGGGACGACGCUUUCCGCGCUCUUCUCGCCAUGCGCAGAGACGGCAGCAUACGCACCCGCGUCGCUUCGUCAGAGUCAGAGCAUGAGCCAAAGACGGCGUUAAAUACGUCGGUGGAGGGAAGCAGAGACAAACGCCCAGAGUCAGCGAAGCAGCCAGCAGAAACGGAGACAGGCGCGACCGCUGCGGCCUGCUGCAGGUUUGAGCAACGCGACAGAGACUCUCGGGCUGAAGAAACGAAAGAAUCUGCCACGCUGAAGUCUCAAUCCGUUCUCGUGCCACCCGAAGUCUGGCGAGCUCUUCGCCUCUUCCCCAUGUGGGCUCUCAUGCACUGCAUCGACGCCCUGGAGUGUGUCUGA